CCAUUUGCUCUUUCUUUCUCUGGGCGUCGCUGCAGACUUACGCCAGGGCCUAAGCACAUAAUUGCUGAUACACCUUCCUCCCUUCCUCCUUCCAUUCUCGCUCCCCGCCUUUCUAUCGUUCGAUUGUUAGACAUCCCAACUACACAUCACUUCACGAUGGGAAAUCUCUCCCGCCUUCUCACCGUGCUCUCAGCGGGAAGCGCGGCAUGGGCGACGCAGGCUCCCCUCGGUUCCGCCAGUGCAGGCGCGAACCAGUGCCUCAGCAUGACCGGCGGAGCCCCCCAUACUAACUUCGAUGCGUGCUGUGGAAGCAGCGCAUCUGGCCGCGGCACCGUCGACGGCGUCGAGUUCACCUACACGUGCGGACAGUGGGCGACGCCCUACGCGACCAAACCCGUGACCGCCGCCAGCGCGCGCGAGUGUGCGCAGCUCUGCGCGGCCGCUGGCGCCCAAUGUCCCGCGGCCGCCUGGAUGUCCAAGGGGCAGUGUUACUUCAUCACUUCUGGCGCUUACUCGGUCAGACCGUUGAAGGGGAUCCUCUUGCUCGAGAAGACGGGCAAGCUGGUCGCUGGGGAGGAGCCCCCGAAGCCGGAGGGUGGCUGCGACAAGGCCGCCGAGGAGGCGAAGACGCAGUGCGAGAAGGAGGCGGCGGAGCGAUGCGAGGCGGACAAGACCCGCAUCGGUGAGCAGUGCAAGGCGGAUUGUGCUAAGCAGGUCGCUUCCGUCACGGAGCAAUGCAAUGCGGAUAAAGCGAAGCUGGAGGAGCAGAUGAACACCAAAUGUCGGGACCAGACCGCGGCUGCUGUGCAGGAGCAGGUCGCGAAAUGCGAGAAGGAAAAGACCGACCUCGGAGGCUCCUGCGACGACCUCAAGAAGCAGGGCGAGGCCCAGUGUGAGAAGGAUAAGACUGCCAUCACCGAAGACGCGAAGAAGCAGUGCGAUGCGGACAAGACUGCCGUCACCGAGGAUGCGAAGAAGCAGUGCAAUGCGGACAAGGCGGCUCUGACGUCAGCCUGCGACGCAGAGAAGGACCGCCUCCAGAAGGCGCUCGACGAAGCCAACGAAAAGCUCAAGAAGCUUGAAGGCAGUGGUGGUGGCACCGGCACGUCGACCACCUCGCCGGCCAACGAAGCCCUGCUCGAGGAGAUCGCGCGCGAGAACUUCAGCACCAUCUGCCCGAAGUUCGGCGGCAAGACUUUCACCACCGUGGACUCCAAGGGCUACAAGCACGAGUGGAUGCUUUACUGCCAUACCGGGGUCACGGGUCAAUCGACCCCCAACUACAACUGGAGCUGCCACACUCAGAACAUCAUCCAGCUUCUGAAGGAGCAGCAGGAACGGUCGGAUCUCAAGGCUCUCUGGGUCAACACCAACAAUGUCUGCACUCCUUGGACCGGGGGAUAUGUUAAUGUCGGUGGGCCGUUCACGAACCACCAUUUGGUGAUGCCCACCCGCCAGCCUUGGAAAUGAUUGAUCUGAGCUAUACCAAGUUCAAAUCCGGGAGGAUGAAGUGCUAACA